AUGAACUCUUUUUGGAGGAGAGCUCAAGGUAGUAAUAGUUUUGUGGAAGGCCAUAUUUUAUCGGAUCAAAGAAAAGAUACCAUUCAACAUUUGACAAUAGUGAUCAAACAAUGUCUAUCAUAUUAUUUUGGAAAUAAUGCAAAGCCAAUUAAUGAAACCACCAAAUUAAUGGCACCAACACCAGCGUUACUAUCACAACAAUUAUCAGGUAUUGACAAUAGUGAUGCAACAUUAAUCGAAAUUGAAUUGGUUAAAUCAUUAUGUGACCUUUUAGAGAGUUAUCUUUGUCAUAAAUUAAAAAAUAAUUAUUCAAUUUGGAAAUUAAUAGUUUUAAUUUUAUCACCUUCAAAUAGUAUUAAUUCAAAUUCUGAUACUAAUAGUAGUAAUAAUAAUGGUAAUAAUAAUGGUGGAAAUAAUAAUAAUAAUAAUAAUAGUUCAAAACUUUCAAUAUUUUCAAAAGUUGCAACAUCAAUUAAAACAUCAGCUUCAAAUAUUACAUUAUCGUCACAACCAAUUACACCUAAAUCACCAGAGGAUAUAGAGUAUUGGACAAAUCAAAUUGAUUGUAUUCAAAGUUUAAGUGAGGUAACUUCAAAUAUUGGUAAAUUUAGAGCAUUAUUAAGAAGGUCAUUAAAUGAAUCAACGAUUAUUCAAUUACUUAAUUCAAUUGCAAAUAAUAAUGAUAUAUUAAGAAAUUAUUAUGAAGAAGAUGCAAUAUUAAGAAAUAAAGAAGAUUCUGAUAUUUUUAGAUCAAUGUUAGCUUCAUUAGAUCCAAUAACAUUUAAUAUAGAAUAUAAUGAUCCAGAAUUAAAUACAUUAAUAAUUGAUACACCAUUAAUACCAAAAACAAUUGAUAAUACUUUAAUUACAAUCGAAACUGAUAAUGAUAAUAAUAAUAGUAAUAAUAAUACUAGUAAUAAUGGUUCAUUAAAUAAUAGUAAUGAAAAUAUUAAUUUAAAUUCAUCACAAAAUAAUAUUUAUAAUAAUAAUAAUGGAUCAUUAAAUAAUAAUAAUAAUAAUAAUAAUAAUAAUAAUAAUAAUAAUAAUAAUAAUGAAAAUAUUAAUUUAAAUUCAUCACAAAAUAUGAAUGAUCAAUUAGGGGUAACAUCAGAGUUAACAUCAUCAAAUAAUGAUUUAGUAUCAUCGUCAUCAUCAUUAUCAACUACAGGUGAAAAAGUAAUUAGAACAAAAAAGAUUAUAAAAUCAUUAACUAGAACUAUUGAUUUCGAUAGUGCACCAUCUUUUGAUGAAAAUACAAAUGCUGAUGGUAGUUCAGAUUCAUUAGCUAAUCAACAAAAUAUAUCAACUGGUUCUGAAAAAAUUAUUAAAAAGAAAAUAGUAAAAAGAAUUAUUAAAACUAAAAUCGUUUCAAAUUCAUCAGUUCCAACAAAUAGUCCAACAAAUAUUCCAACAAAUAGUCCAUCAACAGAUUUAGAUAAUAAUGAUCCUAAUCCUAAUAAUAUUUCUAUCACUAACCCAUAUAUUAAUAAUACUAAUAAUCUUAAUCCUAAUAAUAAUAAUAAUAAUAAUAAUAAUAAUAAUAAUAAUAAUAAUAAUAAUAAUAAUAAUAGUAGUAAUAAUAAUAAUAAUGGAGUCGCACAAAACAUUGGUUUAGAUACAUCAAAUUACAAUGUACCUAUAGUAAAGAAUUUUAUUGUUGAAGAAACAACAAAUAGUGAUUCCAGCACUAAUGAAACUAAACAAAAUAAAGAAAAUUCAGAUACAAAGGAUAUUGAAAAAGAAAAAGUCGGGGAUAAAAAAGAAGAGUUAAACCAAGAAAACAAUAGUUUUAUUAAAGGAAAAGAAUUUGGAGAAGUAGCAUCAGAAUCAUUUUUGGUUAAUUCAACAAAUGAAAAAGAAUUAAUUGCUUCAAUUCCAAUCGAAAACUUAGAAAUUAAAGAAGAAAUAAAAGAAGAAGCAAAAGAAGAGGAAAUAGAAAAAAUAAAAGAAGAAAUUAAACAAGAAACUAAAGAAGAGUCAAAAGAUGAAAUAAGUGAGGAAGAAAAAGAGGUAACAAUGGAAGAAGAAAUAAAAGAAGAAAUAAAAGAAGAAAUAAAAGAGGAAAUCAAAGAAGAAAUCGAUGAGGUUAAAGAAGAAAUUGAUGAGGUUAAAGAAGAAAUCAAAGAAGAAAUCAAAGAAGAAUUUAAAGAGGAAAUCAAAGAAGGACAAAAAAUUGAUAAUAAAAUACCAGAAUUUACUUUUGUUAGAAGCGAAGAAAAUGAUGAUAUUUUAAUGGGAGAGGAAGAAAUAAUUAAAGAGAAUUCUAAUAAUAAUAAUAAUAAUAAUAAUAAUAAUAAUAAUAAUAAUAAUAAUAAUAAUAAUAAUAAUAAUAAUAAUAAUAAUAAUAAUAAUAAUAAUAAUAAUAAUAAUAAUAAUAAUAAUAAUGAUAAUGAUAAUAUUGGAAAUCAAUCAUUUGGAUUUUCAAUUGAUUAUGCAUCAUUAUUAAAACAAUAUAGUACUGAUAAUAAUAUUGAAGAUCAUGAAAUUUCAAAUAUUGCAAGUGUUAUUAUUCCAUCUGAUAAAGAUUUUAAAUAUCCAAUUGAACAAGAAGAAAAUUCAACCAAUAAAUUUAAACCACUAAAAUCCCAUGAUGAUGAUGAUAAUAAUAAUAAUAAAGAGGAAGAUAAUGAAGCAAUUAGAUUUAAAUUAAAUGUUUUAUUAGAUCAAGAAGAAGAGCAAGAAGAAUUAAUCUCUGAACCAUUACCUGAUGAUUUCUUCAUUGAUGAAAAUGAUAAGCAACAACAGCAACAGCAACAGCAACAAGAACAACAACAACAAAAUUUUAAAGAAUUUUCAUUUUCAUAUAAAAAUGAAAUUCAAUCUUCAUCCCCACAAUUUUAUAAUCAACAACAACAACAACAACAACAACAACAGCAACAACAACAACAACAACAACAACAACAACAACAACAACAACAACAACAACAACAACAACAACAACAACAACAGAAUGUAAAUACAAUAACUACAACUUCAACAACAACAACAACCUCAACCUCAAUAACAAUGGCAAAUUCAACAAUUAAUAAUUCUAUUGAAUUACAUAAAUCAUCAUCAACAUCAUCACUUGCAUCAUCAACAUCAUCACUUGCAUCAUCGACAUCAUCAUCAUCAUGUAAAAUCAAAAAUAUUAAAUCACCAAUUGAAAGACAAUUACAAAGGGAAAAGAGUAAUAGUAGUUUAAUAUCUAAUAUAACAAUUGUUGAUAAUUAUUCAAAUGAAGGUGAUGAAUAUAUUAAAAAGAAAGUUGAAGAACAACGUGAAAGAAGAUAUCGUAAAGAGAUACAUGCACCAAGAAAGAGAUUACAUUUUACAAUUCAAAAUAAUUUAUCAUCAUUAAAAGAUCAAGAUUUUAAAUGUGCUAAUUGUUCAAAGGAUAUCUCUGGAUUAUUCUCAAGUUCAAGAUUUUGUGACUACAGUGGUAAAUAUUUUUGUAGUGGGUGUCAUGAUAAAUCAGUUUAUUACAUACCAAGUAGAAUAGUACAUAAUUGGGAUUUUAAGAAAUAUUCAAUUUCAAAAGCAAGUUAUGAAUUCUUAAAUUCAAUUGAAAAAGACCCAUUAAUUGAUUUACUCACUUUAAAUCAAAAACUUUUUGAGAAUAAAAUUUUACUUAAAAUUAGAAAUCUUAGAAAACAAAUGUUUUUCUUGAAAGAUUUCUUACAAACUUGUGGUAUCAAUAAUAGUGUUAGCAAAUCAUCAGGUUUCGCUUUAUUUCAAUUAUCUUUACCACCAAAUAUGCAUUAUCUUGCAAAUGAUAUAGAACUAUAUUCAAUCUAUGAUUUGGUUAAUCAUAAAGCACUUUGGGAAUCAUUACGUCAUUUAGUGGCUAAAUGGUUAGAUCAUGUCGAAACUUGUACACUUUGUGCUGCAAAAGGUUCAAUUUGUCAAUUUUGUAAUAAUGAUUCUCCAAUUUAUCCUUAUCACAUCUCAACUGUUCAACAAUGUCAAAAUUGUAAAAGUGUUUCUCAUAAAAGUUGUUAUCAAGCAAUUAAAUGUCCAAAAUGUAUAAGAUUAGCAACUGCAAGAUUAAAUAAAUCAAAAGAAGAAAAUCAAUUAAAAUAA